AUGCCGAAAACUCGGCUUCUGUGCACCGCUGCAAAGACUGCUGUGUACCUGCAACAUGGCUUAAUUGCAUCUGCCAGUAACUGGAUUUGCAACCUGGCCAACAACAGCUUGCCUUUCCUUCUGGCAGAUGUUGGUUAUGAUGUAUGGAUGGGGAACAGCUGGGGAAACACCUGGUCCAGAAGACACGUGAAAUUGUCAACCACCUCACCAGAAUACUGGGCCUUCAGGUUUUCUUCACAAGCUCUGAAGAAGUGCCCUUAUUAUUACAUCGAGAGUUGUUUUAAAUACUCCACUUGGCGUAGUCGCUUAGAAGUUUAUUUGUCACAAAGCCCUGCGGGAACAUCUGUUCAGAAUAUGCUGCAUUGGGCCCAGGCUGUUAAUUCUGGUCAGUUCCAAGCUUUUGAUUGGGGAAACCAUGAUCAGAACAUGAUGCACUUCCACCAGCAUACACCUCCCCUAUACAACGUUUCUAAGAUGGAAGUUCCAACAGCAGUGUGGAGCGGUGGACAGGACCCUGUGGCUGAUCUCAAAGAUGUUGAGAAUUUACUUCCUAAAAUUACCAGGCUUAUCUAUUUCAAGUUGAUUCUCCACUACAAUCAUGUGGAUUUUUACCUUGGACAGGAUGCACCCUACGAAGUUUACCACUGA